AUGUCAUCAGAAGCCUCUUUUAGCGAUUGUGCCAGUGCUUCAUCACCAGACAUAAACGACACGGUAAACAGCCUCAAGUUCAGUAUAUACAAUAUACUACGACCAGAUUUUGGAAAUGUAAGUUUUAUUUUUAAGAUUUUUUAAAAAUAAUUGUAUGUCUCUUGAGCAAAAUUUUACAAAUUUUCAUUGAAGUAGUACCUGACUGAGCACUUGACCGUUUUGCUGAUACUACUUUAUCAGUGAAACUUAUUCUUCUCGACCAGUCGUUAAUCUUUGUCCUGUUUCUCUUCAAAUUUAUUAUGUUAUGUAAGCGUAGCCAAAUUACUCAACGAUAACAAAUUGGCGAGAUUCAUAAUUCGAUUGUCUAAAUGAUAACAUGGACAAGGUUAAACGACUGGUUGACACUCUUUAAAACAGCGCCGAUUACCGCCGCUUAAUGAGCUCAAAGAAGAAAGGGCUGAUUGAUUAAUUGACAGCCGCUACAGUAGUCGGGCGCUGUAUAAACAAUACGAGACACAUUUGAGGGGAUGGGUAGUUAAGUAACUACUAUUCUGUAAUUGACUAGUUAGACUUUUUGAUAAUAUAUAUUAAGCUAAAAAUGAUAUAAUAACUACUGUAAUCUUAGCAAAAAGCCCUGUCUACAGUAAUAUAAAAAACAAAACCUAUUAUUAUUUUCAGUCCAGAGACCAAGUCUUCACCAGUACCUCCUUAUCGCCCCCUCCCUUGUUUCCAAUCAGUCCAUCAGCCUUCGGUCUUAAUCUAUUGGCUUCACUAGCUUCUCCCAAGCUCACACUUGAUCAGAAUGAUGAUCAACAACUUCCUGCCUGGAUAUAUUGCACUAGGUACUCGGAUCGACCAAGUGCUGGGCCAAGAAGCCGAAAGAUGAAGCGAAAAGGAAUGACAGAAGAGGAGAAACGACCGAGAACGGCAUUCACACCAGAACAGUUGGAACGACUGAAGCAACAGUUCCAGAACAAUAGGUAUCUGACGGAGAAGAGACGACAAGAAUUGGCACAUGAACUCGGGCUGAACGAAAGUCAGAUCAAGAUUUGGUUCCAAGUAAGUGUCAUCUUUAAGUUUUUUUGACAAAAUUAACACGAUUUGAAUCAAAAAACAUUGUUUUUGUAUCAAAAAAUUUAAAAAAUGAACAUUCCUAUCAACUCUUAACUUUACAUUUUCAGAACAAACGUGCCAAACUGAAGAAAGCGGCCGUCCAACGCACCGAUGCGUCGUUCCAAAUGCUUCAGAACAGUAUGCUAAACAGAGUACCUCUACAAUGUUCGACGAGUUACGCCAGCUAA